UGGAGAAGCAGCCAGUGGAGGAAAAGCAACCCGAAAACAGCACCGGUGACACCAAGGAAAACACCAAAAAGCCAGGAGGGGAGGACACUGCAGGCACAAUGGCUUUCUUCCUCAAACCACGGCCAUGCACGUGGGACCUUGCCCUGGACUACCACACUGCCAAACAGUUUGAAGUGGAUGUGACCCUGGAUCCAGCCACAGUGGGUCCUGAGGUGAUCCUCUCCGAGGACCUCAAAGAGGCCACUUGGGGCAGACCUCAGCGCCGGUGGCCUGAGGGUCCCAGCCGGUUUGACACAGAUCCGUGCAUGCUGGGCAGUGAGGGCUUCACCUCAGGCCGUCACUACUGGGAGGUGGAGGCCAAUGGGCGCUUCUGGGCUGUGGGAGUGGCCCGUGAGUCGGUUCAGAGGAAAGGCCGAGUCCUCUUCAAGCCCAGUGCUGAGAUUUGGGGCUUGCAGAAGUAUGAUGAGCUCUGUGUUGCCCUCACGGCUCCAUCCAACACCUCCAUCCCACUUCUCAAUGGGGAGAUUGGGGUCUACCUGGACUACGAGGUGGGACAGGUCUCCUUCUAUGCUGUUGGCAGCCGCCAGUGCAUCUUCACCUUCCCUGUGGCUUCCUUCAGUGGAGAGAAGGUCUUCCCCUACUUCUGUGUGCUCCUCUCAACCAUCAAACUGUCCCCCAAGGGCUGAUGUGCUGACAGGAUCCUUCCACAGCUGGUUGCACCAUGGUGUUUGGAAUGCUCCUUGAUGCUCCUCCAGUCUUCUCUUCCAGGUCUUGGAGUCCUUUCCAGCUCAACUCAUGGUCCUACCUUCAUCAUAGAUGUCUUUAUUUUGGGUUAUGUCCAGGGGAUUUUGAGUCUGAGCUCAGCACAGCUCGUCUCAUCUCAAAGCCACUGUCAUUAAAUUCAUUCAAAGCUUGUUAACAGAAGCAGGGCUUUGCUGAACUGGUUUUGACCUGAAAACUUGACUUUUCCUCCCAGAUAGCCUUCUCUGAUAAUUCCUUUGCUGACCCCAAUGCCCAUCACUGGCCAGGCUUCCAACCCACAUUAAAAAUCUUAAUUUUUGCAGGCUUUGCAUUAAUGCCAGCUGCUGAUUUUGUCAUCACAAGGAUGUGCUCACACUCACUUCACCCACUCUUUCCCUCUCUAUGCUCAGGAUGUAUUUCCAAGUAAUUAACAUGCAAUUUAUAUAAAUGUGCUCAGAAUAUAAUAAAUUUUCUUUUCUAAGAAGCAGGAGGUGUCUGCAUUUGACCUCUCACCAAG